AUGCGCCUAACAGCUAUCGUUCCGUGCCUCUGCGCCCUGGCGGCGAUGGUGCCGUGCUUCCUCUGCAUGUUCGCCGGUAACAAACCCGGCUUCAUGGAGGACUACCACAUGGUUACACUCAACACCUCCCGCAUAGGCCAUAACUUCCUCGUGAACUCCACCCUCGUCCCCGCAGGCGACAACAUCCUCACCGACGUCUUCCGAAACGCCUCCUCCUCCAUCACCUCUUCCAUAAACUCCGCCCUCGACUCCCUCGCCGCAGAGCUCGGCCUCUCAGACUUCUACUCCGUCCACCUCCUCAACUAUUGCAGCGGCACCUACACCACCUCCGCCCUCGCCAGCACCACCGCCCCCCGCUCCACCAUCACCAAAAACGUAACAUCCUGCUCCCGCCCCCGCGCCCUGUUCCACUUCGACCCCACCGCCGCCCUAACACGCAGCCUCAACACCACCACCAGCGGCAGCACCAACAUCACCCUCUCCACCCUCCACUGGCCCACCGAACUCUCCACCGGCAUAACCGCCCUGCGCAUCGCACACCAUACAGCCUUCACGCUUUACAUCCUCGCCAUCGUCCUCGCCUUCCUGAGUUUCCUGUCCUCGUUCUUCGCGCUCUUCUCCGCAGGCCGCCUCUCCGCGGCGCUGAGCCUGCUGUUCGCGGUGCUGGCGCUCGGGGCGCUGGUGCUGGCGAGCGCGGUCGUCACGGCUGUGGUUGUCAGGGCGGCGGAUGUGGUGAGUAUGUAUGGGUAUCGGGUGAGUGUGGAGGCGAAGAGGGGAGGGAGGUUUUUGGCGUUGACGUGGGCGGGGUCGGGGGUGGGGCUUUUAGGGGUGCUGUGGUGGUGUGGGGAGUUUGUUGUUGGGAGGAGGGGGAAGAGGACGGGAAGGGGGGUGGUGGCUGAUGAGGGUGUUGCGCAGCCGGCUAGUCAGUGA